AUGUCGAAUGAGCCGUUUUACCUACGAUACUACUCAGGUCACUCUGGGCGGUUUGGACAUGAGUUCCUAGAAUUCGAUCUUCGCUCUAUCUCAGAAGGUAGCAGUGCCGCCGUGCGAUACGCCAAUAACUCGAACUACCGCAAUGAUUCCCUCAUUCGGAAAGAGAUGUGCGUGAGUGAUGCGAUGGUACAAGAAGUGAAGCGCAUCAUCAAAGACAGUGAAAUCCUGAAGGAGGACGACUCCAAGUGGCCCCAAAAGAACAAGGAUGGACGCCAGGAGCUUGAGAUUCGAAUUGGCAAUGAGCACAUCUCCUUUGAGACUGCGAAAAUCGGCUCGCUAGUCGAUGUGACAGAAUCGGAUGAUCCCGAGGGAUUGCGAGUCUUCUACUACCUUGUUCAAGACCUGAAGGCCCUGGUCUUCUCGCUUAUCUCCCUGCACUUCAAGAUCAAGCCGAUCUAA